UAUUUUAUUAGAGCAGGCAGAUGUUGAAUCCUUAAAUACAGCUUUGCCACCUCUGUCUUUUAUUAAAGUGAAAAUUCAACUUACAUUCAUGGAAUUUGUUUGCGUAAUGCUUUACCUGAUUUUUAUGAAAUUUCACAGAGUUCUUUCCUGUAACAAACUCUCUUUUCAGUGCCUGUGUGUUGCCAACCAGCUGGACACCCGGCUUCCCAAAAGCUCACAUGCAUGUUUGCUAAGCUUGGCAAGUCAAGAUCAAAAUGAAAUUAUGAUAAAAAUCCAUGUGGAUUUCUAACUUGGAAUCAGAAGUUCAAGACAAAGAUGAAUCUGCGUUCUGUAUUUACUGUAGAACAACAAAGGAUAUUACAGCGUUACUAUGAAAAUGGAAUGACAAAUCAAAGUAAAAAUUGCUUUCAGCUCAUAUUACAGUGUGCACAAGAAACUAAACUGGAUUUCAGCGUGGUCAGGACGUGGGUUGGCAACAAGCGGCGGAAGAUGAGCAGCAAGAGCGCCGUGGAAUCUGGGGGCACCCCCCCAGGGACUGCCCCUGCCACUCCCUCCGUGCCCCCGGAAGCAGCAGUGAGAAAUGUGGUAAAUAUUGCUCGAUCCCAAAGCCAGCAAUCCUCUUGGACCUCUUCAAACAACGACGUGAUAGUGACUGGUAUUUACAGCCCUGCCAGCUCCUCGGGCCGGCCCGGAGCCGCCAAGCACAUGAACACCUCCAUGGCAGAGCUCCACAAAACCUCCAUCCCACGGCUCCCGGGCAAGAGCGACGCAGACUUCCAGCAGCAGCACAUCCCUCUGGGACGGCAAGUACCCCACUGUAAAAACGCUUCCCUCUUAGUGGGGGAAAAGACCAUUAUCCUAUCCAGGCAAACGAGCGUGCUCAAUUCUGCCAACUCCAUCUACAGCCACACCAAGAAAGGCUCCUCGGUGCAGACGGCGGAGCUGGUGUUACCUCAGAAACCCAUGAUUUGCCACAGGCCCUGCAAGGCCGAGCCCUUGGGGUGCCAGCGCUUGCACAAACCCGAGCACGGGGCCCUGGUGUCUCACGUGCCCCCGGGGCCGAGGGCUCACCCCAGGGACCCGGCCUGUGGCACCCAGAACCUGGAGAUCCGCGAGGUGUUCUCGCUGGCCGUCACCGACCAGCCCCAGCGCCUGGUGGGCGGCACGGCACAGAAACAUCCCCAUCCCUCCCCGGAGGGCGGCUGCCUGUCCAUAGCCAUGGAGACGGGCGACGUGGAUGAUGAGUACGCCCGUGAGGAGGAGCUGGCCUCCAUGGGAGCGCAGAUCCAGAGCUACUCCAGAUACUGUGAGGGCAGCGGCUCCGGCCGCGGGGACAACCAAAGCACGGCCGGGCCGGGCCGCAGUGGGGGCUGUGGGGCACAGCUGGGCAGUGCCAGGGAGGUGCCCGACAAUCUCCUGUACCACAGCAGAGAGUUCCACCUGCCCGCACGGACCUCAUUGCACACAACAUCCAGCACGAUUUAUAACACCGCCAGCGCAGCCAGAAGUACCUUUUCUCCUCAUUUUACGUCUUCGAGUCAACUGAGGCUGUCACAAAACCAAAAUAAUUACCAGAUUUCAGGAAACCUUACUGUGCCUUGGAUUACAGGUUGUUCCAGAAAAAGAGCAUUACAGGACCGCACACAAUUUAGUGACCGAGACUUAGCUACCCUAAAGAAAUACUGGGACAAUGGCAUGACCAGCCUGGGCUCAGUCUGCAGAGAGAAAAUUGAAGCUGUGGCUGCAGAAUUAAAUGUUGACUGUGAAAUAGUUCGGACUUGGAUUGGGAAUCGAAGACGGAAAUAUCGUUUAAUGGGGAUUGAGGUCCCACCCCCUAGAGGAGGUCCUGCUGAUUUCUCUGAUCAAUCUGAAUUUGUUUCUAAAUCAGCACUUAAUCCAGGAGAGGAAACUGCUACUGAAGUGGGGGAUGAUAAUGAUAGGAAUGAUGAAGUAUCAAUCUGCUUAUCUGAAGGAAGCUCACAAGAAGAGACAAAUGAAGCUCUUCAAAAUGAAGAAAUUGGCCACAAAGAUGAUGACCAGAAUCCAGUUUCCACUGAUAAUGUGAAAAUAGAAAUUUUAGAUGAUGAAGAGAGUGAUCUGAUCAGCAAUUCUGAAGUGGAUCAGAUGAGUUCUCUUUUGGAUUACAAGAAUGAAGAGGUCAGGUUCAUUGAGAGUCAACUGGAGAACCACAAACAGAAAUAUUUUGAACUGCAGACAUUUACCCGGAGUUUGAUACUUGCAAUUAAAUCAGAUGAUAAGGAACAGCAGCAGGCUCUGCUUUCAGACUUACCUCCUGAACUUGAAGAAAUGGAUUUCAACCACACAUCCCCAGAGCCCGACGAUACCUCAUUCAGCCUCUCCUCCCUGUCAGAGAAAAACGCCUCAGACAGUUUGUGAUUGCUUUUUUUGGUUUUUUUGGUUUUUUUUUUUUUGGAAGAGACAGAACAGAAACCCCCCAAGGAGGUGCAGGGUUCAGGGGACAGAGAGGCUUUUGCUCUGCAGUGUUCUCAGCCCAGGGAGCCAGCCCGAGCAGGAGGAGCCUGUGCUGGAGGGCAGCUCCUCCCAGCCUUGCACUGCCCAGGAAUUGGGAAUGCUGGCUUUGGAAAAUCAAAGAACUGCCUGAGGGAAGGGUUCACUGCUAGCAGCUUGGCCUUGGGUAGGAUUAACUUGGACUCUCCAGAACAACUCUGGCUCUGUAGCAAAGUCUUUUUGAGCAGGAGUGGGAAACAAAUGUGUGACACAGCGAAUUCUCCAGCUCCACGUGCUCCCCAGGCCUGUUUAUUAUAUUUUUCCCCAUUUUUACUCAGGUAGGUGAACUAAAAAUUGGGGAUCCAAAUAGAAUAACAGGCUUUCUCUGAGUUGUGCUUGAAAACCUGAAAUUAAACUGAAGUGUUUUUUGUUUUCUGACUUGAGAUUGUUAAAUCUUCCAUUUUUCUGACCAAAAUAGCUGAAAAAACUUUGAAAAGCUAACUGAAAAAAUUGAAUGAUCAUCAAUAAAUUAUUAAUGCAAGGAAGCAGUGAUAAGUGUUGGAAGAAAUGAGGUGGAAAUGGGAACCCUGAUAGCUGCAGGACACAACUUCCUAAUACAGUAGCAAUGGGAUUGGAUGUUUACACUCAUUAGAGUUUAAUGAUUGUAGUCACAGUUUUUAUUUGUCAAAGCCUGAAUGCUAAAGUUCUUCUUAUUAUUUUAAAUCUUGGUUAUAUAUUUUUCCACGAACUUUGCUCCAGUUUACCAAGCCAGUCAGAAUUCCACAGCUGUCAUUGCAUCCUGAAAGGUUUGGGAAGUGAGUUUUGCAGGUCUGGUUUGAAGCCCUGCCUGAUGCAUUUUUUGGCAAGUGCCAUUUCUAAACUGUGAUCUCGACUGCAGGAAGGGACUGAACUGAAUUUUCUUCCUUCCCAGAGCUGUUGGCACUGAGUCCCUUCACUCCUGUGGUGGCCUGGAUGGCAGAGAUGUUCAGGUGGAGUCACUGGGGUGUGUUGGUGUCCAGGGAGUGCCUGGCGGUGGUGACAGGGUGGUGACCAGUCCAGGGCAGGUCUCAAUCCUGGAGCUCUUUUCCUCCAGGAUGGUUCUGUGGGAUGCUGCAGGUGCCUGCCCAUGGCAUUGAUGCUCCAAUUCCAACCUGGAUAUCCCUCAGCAAUCAUUUUUCACACAGAUACUUCAGUCUGGUAAAAAAACUGAUUUUCCCAUUUUAUGCCAAAUAAUAAUUGACUCUGGGGAAUCCUUGUUCAUCAGUGAGUAAUCCCCUUAAUUUCAGUGGGAGGUCCAAGGUGUAGCUCAGAAAAUCCAGAGAGUUAGGGAAAUAUUUACACCUGUUUUUUCUUUAAUACUGGGAUUAAACGGGGGUUUUAGGGUUUUCUCAGUCUGAUCAGUUCCUCCCUAAUCACUUGUACAGCUCUUUUUGUUUAGUAUCAGUAGUGAGCUCUGUUCUUUCAGGUUUUUAGUCUCUCCUCUCCUUGGGCACGAGGAGCUUUUAGCAAUACUGUUAAAUACCAGCUGCAGAAAGGGCAGGAACAGUUUUAAAAGGUGUUCUGAAAAACCAAAAGUCUCACAGUUCUGCCCCCUGUACAAUUCUGUAAAUUCCCAACAGAGCUUCCCUUCCACAGAGAAAGCCCCGAGUUCCAAGCUGCUGUGUGUGAGUUGAGGCAUUAAAACUCAGAGUGGAAAUGGAGUUUUGUGAGCAGAGCUGACAGUGCUGUCCUUCACUGGGGGGAUAGAGCUGAGCUGGAAUUCUGCUCACAAUGAAAAACUCAUUUAUAAAGGGUUUUCUAUGCCAGGCUGACAAUGGUUCUUAUUGCUGUUCUCUUUGGACAGGAAAUUUGUGCCACUGACAAUGAAACCUCUUGGUUUUUUGUGAUUUUUUU